AUGACUCCGUGGCAAGUUCUUCGUUCAGGCAGAGCUUCCCAGGUGGCUCUGGGUUACCGUUUUCAUCAUGGACCCGGGGUCUCGGUGCAUUACAGCACAGCUGCUGCAGCUCAUGCAGCUGCAGACGGCAGCAGGAGCUUCUGUUUGUCCAGAGAGAAACUCACCCUGCAGCAGCUGAACGGGAGGCUGGCGUCGUACCUGCAGCAGGUUCAGUGUCUUGAAGCAGCCAAUCAGAGGCUGGAGCGUCAGAUCCAGGAGGAGCUGGACAGAAAGUGUCCCAGAGACCUGAGAGAGCUGGACGGACACCUGAGGACAGUGUCCCUGCUGCAGGACCAGAUCAAUGACUGUCUCUCGGCCCAGGCUCAGGUGAAGCUGCUGCUGCUCGGUGCAGAGCUCACCAUCUUUGACUUCAACACCAGGUGUGAAAAGGAGCAUGAGCAUCGUGGCCGCCUGGAGGCGGAGCUCAGCAACCUGAGGCUGCUGGAGGAGGAGCUAAGUGUCCACAAACUGCCGGAGCUGCAGAGUCUGCUGAGGGAUCAAACAGGACAACUGAUGGAGCUGCAGAGACAACACCAACAGGAUCGGCAGGGUCUCCUGGCCCAGGUCUCAGGGGCCGUCACUGUAGAGAUGCAGAGAGCUGAAUCAUCAGACUUGAUCCAGCAGCUGGACGACCUGAGACAGGCAAGCGUGAUGGUGCUCGACAAGAACCAGAACGAGCGCUGGUUCAACUCCCAGGUGUCUGUGUUGGGUUCUCCGGAGGUGACCUUUGACCCUGCAGGAGUCGUCCAGGCCGAGCUGGUGGAGCUGAGGAGAACAGCAGCCGGUCUGGAGGAAGAGCUGACACAGCUGCAGACCUUGAACAUCCUGUUGGAGGACUCUGGUCAGGAGCAGGCUGAGUCCUUCGUCCUGCAGCUGGUGGUCCUGCAGCAGAGAGCAGACAGUCUGUGCGGAGACUUGGACUCAGCGCUACAGGCUGCAGCUCAACAGGCUGCAGACCAUCACGUCCUGCUGGAUAUCAAGAACAAGCUGGAGACUGAGAUACUAGACUACAAGAGGCUGCUGGAUGGACUGGGUCGAGAGGGAGUCUCAAGUCUUCACUUAAACUCCAAAUCUACCAUCAUGUCAUCGUAUGCUUCAACAAGCCCCACCACCUCUGGAAAAGUCAUGCCAAGCAGAGUAGUCAGUGUUCAGGGAGGAAAUCUUCAGAUGACAGACACCUGGACUGUCAGACAAAUGCCUGUAGGUACCCCGCUUUCAGAAACAGUGAUCACAAACCAGUCAAUCAGGGUCCACAGUAAAGAUGCAAAGAACUCACCACUGACAUCGAUCAACACUUCAAAUCUGGCCAAUACAUUCUACAACCCUGAAAACCUGAGAACAGGAGCUGUUCCUGAAAUAACCACUAGGAAAUCCAUCAAUGUGGGUCAGAUUAGCCAAGAUUCAGACAAAGGAGCUGUUGUCAAGAUUUCUAAAGUGGAGAUAAAUCCGGCAACAACAGGAAUCACAAUGGUUCCUGAUAUACAAUCCACCAUGAGAGCUGGUGUUCAAACUAAACCAGAGACAUUUACUUCCAAUCAAUCUACCAAAGAAGCAAGUUCACAGGUUAAUAAAACAGGUACACAUAUUCAAACAGAGAUCACCAAAACCAUUCCUGUUGCAGAAACAGAAAUAAAGCAGACAGCUGCAUCUGAUCCCAGCAAGAAAACAGAAGAAACAAUGAUCUUACCUCAAACAGAUGACUACAUCCAAGCUAAGAAACCAGAUUCUGUACAGGUUAUGCCUUUAAUGUUGGAGACUACAUCCGAAAAUGACAGGGAUAGUGAUGAAGUUGCCCUCAAGGGGGUUCAGGAGGAGGUCUCCAGUGAAGUCACGCUGAUGAAUGACAAGGAUGUACAAGGGCAAGUAAAGAAGGAAGACAAAGAAAUAAUAGAAGAAGGUGCUUUGCCUGUCGAGAAUUCGGCAUUGUCCAAUACGUCGAACAACAAACAAGACAAAGUCAAGGAGGAUGCAGAUACAGGGUCCACCAUUGCAACUGCUUCAUUAAGUAGCCCAGUCAGCAACAACAACCUUGAGAGUAAAACUGCAAGUACAGAUAUUUUGAAGACAAUAGAGUUAGAAAUGAAUAAGGAGAAGGUAGUCAACAGUUUCCAUGAUACUAAUACCGAUACCAAUGAGAGCUUCUAA